AUGGAGACACUCUCCUUAAUGGCCUUGCUGGAUUGCCCUCUGUGUUCAGAGCAGCUGGAUGCAUCGGCCAAGGUGCUGCCCUGCCAGCACACUUUCUGUAAGGCCUGUUUGCAGAAGCAGGAAGUGGCACACUCACAGCUGUUCUGCCCAGAGUGCAGAACUCCCGUCAAGGCCCGGACAGUGGAGGAGCUGCCCACGAACAUUCUGCUGGUGCGGCUCCUGGAGGGUUUACAAGGGUCAGCGGGGCCUAGCCGGAACUCCCGCUACGCUGUGCCCUUUGCCAGGAGCGGUGGGACUGUCAGGGAGGGUCAUUACAGAGAGAAUCAAGGCCACAAAGAGGUUUCUCCAAGAACCUCAAUAUACAGCCAACAAGGAGAUUCCGAAGGAGAGCUGAUUCUCACCACUGUGAACGGCAUCACUCAGAAAUAUAGAGCGACACAGAGCGAGGACUGGCUCCACAGACAAAUUAGCGACAACAGUGGUGCAUCUGUCACUCCCGGCACGGUGCAAGCUGCCAGCCAAACGCCUCAAACGUCGCCCCACCAGCAGUCGAUGGCUCUCUGCCGAACACUGUGUGACUUUAGUCCCACUGAGAUGAACGUGGAGAGCGACGAUUCUUGUCUAAGCUUCCGAAAGGGAGACAUUCUCACUGUCAUCAGAAGAGUGGAUGAACACUGGAUUGAAGCCAAGAUGGGUGACAGGAUAGGAAUUUGCCCUCUACAAUUUACCGAGCUAAACUCAGUGGCAACCAAACUCCUGGAGGGAAAGAGUCCACGGAAGAGUGACUCAGCAGAAUUUCAGCAUCGGACCGGAAGCAGGAGCAGAGACAAGGCCUCAGAAGCAGCCAACAAGACCGCAAAUCAUAGAGUCACGCAAGUUCCCGCAAAGACUCCUCUUGCCAGCGUUUUGGCACCUUCCAACCCACGUAAACAGUCAAGAUCCAGCAGUGGCAACUUUCCCCGCACGACUGCAGUUGAUACAAACAACAACAGUGGGGUAAACUUCCAGCGACAGUCCCACCGCUCCUCUGUGCGACCCCCUGCUCGUGGACACGUACAUCCUUCAAGAGCUAACUCUCAGCGAGUUCGACGGCACUCUGACGGCCCGCACAGACACCUGUUACUGAGUGAGAAGAUGGCCAACGAAGCUCCACCCAAAAUCUCGAUGGCGCUGUCAAACCCCCAAAUUUCUUCCGCCUCGGCAGAUGGCAAAAACUCCAACACGCAGCAACUCUCAAUCAGCGUGUGUGCUGUGCUAUAUUCUUAUAAGCCACAACGCAUAGAGGAGCUGGAGCUGAGGAAAGGCGAGAUGGUGGGAGUGUACGGGAAGUUUAAAGAAGGCUGGUUGCGUGGGUUGUCACUCCGAACAGGCAAAGUCGGCAUCCUGCCCAACAACUACAUCACUCCUGUGCUCAGAACGUCAGCCAGACUCCUGGAGACUAAACCGGUGAGUUCGUCGUCACAGCACAACACAGCGGCAGCAAAGAAGCACACCACUUCCAGGAGUCCUGCUGGGGUCCUUGCUCCUGAUAGGGUAAAUACUGAUGGAGCGCUGUACUCAGCGGGACAGGUCCCACAUGUGCCAAAUGGAGCACAGCACGCAAUGUCAUCCACAGGCACAGGAAAAUCAUCCUUCUAUGGGAGCACGCCAGGUUGGGAGACAGUACGGAGAUUCUUUAACCCGCACAGAGUUUCCAACCCUUUCAACAAUUCAUCCAAUUUGAAUGUACCCACCAACUCGGAGCACUUUGCUCAAGUUCAGGCAUCCGGAUACUCGCCCGCCCUGCUGAGGAAGAAAAACACUGGAAUUCCAGCCAAUUCUGGAAGACCAGCAGGCUGGAUGAGUGAGCCAACAGCGCUCUCUGCUGCACACCUUUCAAAAGACAGGGACUUUACCUCCUCACAUGAAGCAGGGGGUUAUCACAAUGAGCGGCAACCGUCCAGUGGCCCUCACUCAAUUCUCGUCAGACCUGAUUCACACAAGAGCACUGCAGACAAGCCAGCCAAGUCCGUGCGUUUUCUGACAGAAGAUGACCCCCCACCUCCACGGCUUAGGACCUCCUCCUGGUCAUCAGGAAGCCAGAUUCCUUCCAACUUCACCCCAGCACCUCCCCAACUUGAAGUAUGGGCGCCAUCACUCACUUUGGGGAGAGAUGGACCUGGAAUCCUUCUCAAAGAUGGAAAAGCAACAACUUUGAGAAAGGGCAUUGAAACAGCUCCCUCAGACCUAAACACAAACUCAAAACCAAUGUUGUUACAGCCGUCGCUAUCAGCCGUUUCGGCUCAGUUCAGCCCCACCAGACACAGAGUGACUUCAACACAUCUAGCCCAGACAGACUCUGAACUCAGUCUUCUUCAAGGAGAGCUGGUCCUGGUCCACAGACCUCGCCCUGACGGACGUGUCCUCAUUACUCAGGAGAUCAGCGGCCAGACGGGCCUGUUUCACAAUAGUAUUCUUCACGCUCUGGAAAGGCUCACUUGA